AUGUACACCCCCACCACUACAGUCAACAUGAACACCACCAAAGUCAACAUGUACACCACCACAGUCAACAUGUACACCACCACAGUCAACAUGUACACCACCACCGCAGUCAACAUGUACACUACCACUCCAGUCAACAUGUACACCACCACCGUAGUCAACAUGUACACUACCAUCACAGUCAACAUGUACACCACCACGACAGUCAACAUGUACACCACCACCAAAGUCAACAUUUACACCACCCAUACAUACAGUCAACAUGUACACCACCACAGUCAACAUGUACAUCAUCACAGUCAACAUGUACACCAUCAUCGCAGUCAACAUGUACACCACCACCACCCCAGUCAACAUGUUCACCCCACCACCACAGUCAACAUGUACACCACCACCACAGUCAACAUGUACACCCCCACCACUACAGUCAACAUGUACACCACACCCACAGUCAAAAUGUACACCACCACCACAUACAAUGUGAACACCAUCACCCCACCACAGUCAACAAUCAACAUGUACACCAUCCCCACCAUAGCCAACAUGUACACCACCAUAGCCAACAUGUACACCACCACAGUCAACAUGUACACCACCACCAUCAGUCAACAU